UUCAUGCUCAUUCGCGAGGCGCACGUUAAACCGAGUACAGUCGCGCCACGAUGGACCUCUCCACGGUACGCCGGCUAGUCUGGACAGUGUUGACGAUCCUGAACCUGCAUCAAGCGGUUGGCUUGAACUACACAUUGUAUCCACGGGAGUACGCGGAUAUUUCCUGCUCCCUAUCAGCAAAUGAGGAAGGAGUCUGCGUGUAUGCCUAUCUUUGCCACGAAGGAGUCCUCAAUACGGACGGUACUGGAUUGGUAGAUUUGCGCUUUGGAGACGUCUGUGAGGAUUACUUCCUGCGAUGCUGUUCCAAGGCUACGCCUUGUGCAGAUAAUCAGGGAAAGUGUGUCCCGAACGACAAAUGUGGAGUCAACAAGAAUCUGCCAAAGUACAAAAUAUUUAAAGAAUCACAAGAUUGCGCCUGGAGCGGAUACACGUGCUGUCCCACAACUACCGAACCUGCAAAGCCAGUGAAGCCAACGAAACCUGGUAAGCUGGUUACAACGAAGAAACCCUUUCAAGCAGGUGUAGAAGAACCGGAAAAGUGCGACGGUGGAAAAGGGAUAUGUGUUCGUGAGGGACGAUGCCAAAAUAUCCACGGAGUUGGCGUGAUUCAGGAAAGGUCGUCGGAGUGCAGCUUGGAGAACCACAUGUGUUGCCCGUUGGAGGCUGAGAAACCCGCAGAACCUGGAACGUGUGAUUCGGGCAGGGGAGUUUGUCUUACGAGAGACGAAUGUGGUGCUGAUCCCGAUGGCGUGGGCUUGAUAGAGGAGAGGUCAUCAUCUCAGUGCGAUUCAGAGGACCAGGUAUGCUGUCCGUUGGAGCACGCCAGUGGUUCCGACUGUGCUAAGGUUGGAGGACGAUGUGUACCCGCUGGGCAGUGCUCGUCGCAACUUGAGUUUGAUGUAAGAACAGCAGAAACUUCGUGCCCGAAGAAGGGUCAGGUGUGCUGUACUGGUCCUGUGGUAACGCCUACCACGGAGUCCGUAGUUUCAUCGGCGGAAGGAAAGCCUUGCUUCAAUGGUGGAACAUGCACUACCCAAUCAAAGUGUGGAGGUACGAGGAUUCAUGACAGAAGAAAUGAAUGCAAAGGCUUAGUAUGCUGCACUCAACCUGUGGUAACGACUACAACUAGGAAGCCAACUACUACUAGAAAAUCUGUUAGAGUCACCACUCCAAGUCCUGUGGGACAGUCUUGCUCCAAUGGCCAAGGCGAGUGUUCGGAGAACUGCAAUGGGAUACCUUUGAAUGAUGUUUUAAACACCUGUGGAAACCUGGAUUGUUGUGGACCAUCUGAUGCUGAGGAAACUUGUGAAAAUUUCCAAGGUAAAUGUAUGCAAGCGUCCAGUUGUGCCCGAGUUCAAGAGGGCAACUUUGGAGAAUGCGAAAGUGAGCAGCUUGUGUGCUGCGCCCAGGAACGUCAGCAGGAACCUACUGAGUACAACUCUCGUGGCUGUGGAUAUCGCAACGAUCAGGGUGUUAUGUUCAAAAUUACCAACGACGCCGACGGAGAGUCACAGUACGGUGAAUUCCCCUGGGUUGUUGCGAUUUUCUCCGAGCUGCACGAAACCGAGUCCAAGUUCAUCUGUGGCGGAUCGCUGAUCGACCCAGAGGUCAUCCUCACCACAGCGGACUGCGUCAAAUCGUUCCGAAGCAGACCGGAAAAGCUGACCAUCCGAGCCGGCGAGUGGGACAUGCGCUCAACGUACGAACCCAUUGCGCACCAAGAGCGAGGAGUCCGGCUGGUGAAAACCCACCCAACCUUCAAGCAAUCCUCGCUGGUGAACAACGUGGCCCUGCUCUUCCUAGACGACAAGUUCGAUCUGACCCACACGAUCGAUACGGUUUGCCUUCCUCCGCAAGACUUCGUAGUCUACAACGGGGACGUAACCGCAACCGGAUGGGGCUCCACCCCCACAAAUCUCACCAAAUCCCAGCAGAUCUUGAAAAGCCUCGAACUUCCCUUCAACCAGCGCUCGGACUGCGAACGAAUUCUGCGCCGAGUAAUGCGCAAACCAUCAUUCAAGUUGGACGAGAGUUUCCUCUGCGCGGGAGGAUAUCCGGACGAGGACAUGUGCCGGGGGGAUGCCGGAUCGCCGGUGGUGUUCCCCGUUCCGGACGACUUCCAGAACCGGAUGUACGCCGUCGGGAUGGUUUCCUGGGGCGUCGGCUGUGGCAAACCGGGCGUACCGGCGGCCUAUACGGCCGUUGGUAAGUUUAGAGAUUGGAUCGAUGGCGAGAUGCGCAAGGAGGGGCUGGCGAUGUAUUACUACGACUACAUGAAGAAUGAUGACUAAGGAUGAGUGUCAUUGAAUUGUUUGAUAAUUUGGAGAAAUAAUAAAAUAAUGUACUGAUCAUGUUAGACGCCAUUACAAAAUAAAAUAAAUUGAAAUGUAAAAACA